AUGGCAGAAGGUUCCAGAGUUUUCAAGAAAACCAGUCCUGAUGGGAAGUUAUCGAUCUAUCUUGGAAAGCGGGACUUUGUGGAUCACGUGGAGUUUGUCGAACCUGUUGAUGGGGUGAUUUUAAUUGAUCCAGAGUGUCAAAAAGACAAGAAAGUGUUUGUGUUACUGACCUGUGCUUUCCGCUAUGGUCGGGAUGACAUGGAGCUCAUUGGCUUGAGUUUCAGAAAGGACCUAUAUGUGCUGUCUUGCCAAGUAUACCCCCCAUUGCCUGAGGACAAGAAGCCGUUGACCCCAUUACAAGAGAAACUAGUUGCAAAGUUGGGGGAUAAUGCCUUCCCUUUCUGUUUUAAUAUUGACAAGAACUUGCCAUGUUCUGUGACACUGCAACCAGGACCAGAUGAUGGUGGGAAGCCCUGUGGAGUGGACUUUGAGGUGAAAGGUUUCAGCGCAGAAAAUGCAGAGGAGAAAGUCCACAAGAAGAACACAGCGCGGCUUAUUAUUAGGAAAGUCCAGUAUGCCCCAGAGGUCAGAGGACCAGCCCCAUCUGCAGAAAUCACACGUCAGUUCAUGAUGUCAGACAAGCCACUGCAACUGGAGGCCUCACUAAAUAAAGAGAUGUAUUAUCAUGGUGAACCAGUCACAAUCAAUGUGAAAAUCAACAAUUCAACCAAUAAAAUUGUGAAAAAGAUCAAGAUCACAGUGGAGCAGGUGACAGAUGUGGUGCUGUACUCGCUGGACAAAUACACAAAGAUUGUUUUCAGCGAGGAAAUGAAUGAUACUGUAGCAGCCAAUUCAUCAUUCUCCCGAUCAUAUUCAGUGACUCCACUACUGGCAAGUAACCGGGAAAAGCGUGGUCUAGCACUGGACGGCAAGCUGAAGCAUGGAGAUACUAACUUGGCAUCAUCAACAAUUAUGCGCCCAGGAAUGGACAGGGAAGUGAUGGGCAUACUGGUAUCUUACAAAGUCAAAAUAAAUUUGAUGGCAUCCAGAGGCGGCAUUCUAGGAGAUCUUACCUCAAGUGAUGUCGGGGUGGAACUACCUCUUGUACUGAUGCACCCAAAACCAUCUGAAGACAAGUAG